AUGGGGGAGUGGACCAUUCUGGAGCGGCUGCUGGAGGCGGCCGUGCAGCAGCACUCCACCAUGAUCGGCAGGAUCCUCCUGACUGUGGUUGUGAUCUUCCGGAUUCUGAUCGUGGCCAUUGUCGGGGAGACAGUGUACGAUGAUGAGCAGUCCAUGUUCGUGUGCAACACACUACAGCCGGGCUGCAACCAGGCCUGCUACGACAAAGCAUUUCCCAUCUCUCACAUCAGAUACUGGGUGUUCCAGAUUAUUAUGGUCUGCACACCCAGCCUGUGCUUCAUCACCUACUCCGUGCACCAGUCGGCCAAGCAGAAGGAGCGCAGGUACUCCACCGUUUACCUGAGCCUGGACAAAGACACGGACUGCUUGAAACGGGAUGACAGCAAGAAGCUGAAAAACGCCAUCGUGAAUGGGGUGCUCCAGAACACAGAGAACUCCAGCAAGGAGGCGGAGCCUGAGUGCCUAGAGGUGAAGGAUAUCCCCCAUUCCUCCAUCAGGACACCCAAGUCCAAAAUGAGACGGCAAGAAGGCAUCUCCAGGUUCUACAUCAUCCAGGUGGUCUUCAGGAACGCUCUGGAGAUCGGGUUCCUGGUGGGUCAGUACUUCUUGUAUGGCUUCAACGUCCCUGCAGUCUACGAGUGUGACCGCUACCCCUGCAUCAAAGACGUUGAGUGUUACGUGUCCAGACCUACGGAGAAGACCGUCUUCCUGGUCUUCAUGUUUGCCGUCAGUGGCAUCUGUGUGGUGCUGAACCUGGCGGAGCUCAACCAUCUGGGCUGGAGGAAGAUUAAAACGGCAGUGAGGGGCGUGCAGGCCAGGAGGAAGUCCAUCUACGAGAUCAGGAACAAGGAACUGCCCAGGAUGAGCAUGCCCACUUUUGGACGCACCCAGUCCAGUGACUCUGCUUACGUUUGAGAUGGAGUAACUAAUAAGUUACUUUAUUGUAACUGUAUAAGUGCACGAUGGACUCUCCAUCUCACGGGCUUCUUUUGUGGAGUUGGUGGGGUAUUGAUUGGUUUUAUUUGUCUCUUGUGGACAAGAAAAGCAGACAGACCAAACAUUUGUCUGUAUGGAUAUCUCUGAAAGGCACUUGGACAACUUUUAGUCCUGUUUUUAUU